AUGACCUCGACAUCGUGCGCCGCGCCCAACGCCGCGCUCCGCGCCGCCGUCGCCGCGCGUCGCGUCGCCUCCCCCGCGCCGCGCGCUUCCGCCGCGCCGUCGCGCCUCCCCCGCGGCCGCCGCGCCGCCGCCGCCGCGCUUCGACACGUCAUCGACGUCGCCUCCUCCUCCUCGGACGACGCGUCCGCGGACGACAACGCGGCGACGUCCUCGACGUCCUCCUCCUCGCUCCCGCCCACGGCGACGAUCGCCGCGCAGGGCGUCGAGGGCUACGUCUCCGUCCUCGAGCGCGCGUACGCGGACGAGGCGUUAGGGAACGAGGUCCGAGACCGCAUGCAGACGGAUCGACUCUUUUCCAUCGGGAUAAAGCAGUGCAUGAACGACGCGACGCACGCGGACCGCCUCCGCGCCGCGAUCGACGCGUCGCCGUACAUGAAAGCCGCCGCGGAGGAGGAACAGCGAAGACGCGCGGAGGUGGACGCGGUGCAGUCGAUCGCGAACGACGAGGGCGUCCAAGCGCGGCUCGCCGACAUGGCGCAGAAUAAUCCCGAGUUGCUUCGACAGACGCAGGCGCGUUCUAUCUCACACUGGUCCCCAUACGACCGCGAAAACGCCGAGGCGACGCUCAAGAAGGUGGCGGGCGAGCUCGUGGACGGCGUGAAGGCGUACAGGGAAGAGUUUGAACCGAACGCGGACGAUCUCAUCGCGAAGUUCACGGAGAUAUCCAACGAGGGGUACGCCGCGUUCGUGAAGCACUCGAUGAGCGACGUGAACGUGAAGAACGCCGUCAUAAACGCGCUCUACGACGAGAUGGAAGACGCGCAGAAAAACGCGGCGACGGCGAAAGCGGGGGGCGGGGGCGGGGAGGAGUGA